UUUCAGAAUAGAUGCUCUUUGGAUAAUUUUCCUGAUUCAAAAAUGUUUCAUGCUGCAAAUUUUCAAAAAUUGACGAAAUACGUCUUUUUAAGCUUUUUGUGUUUAGAUUCUGUGCUUUCUGCAGCAAUUGAAACAGCCCAAAAUCUGGAAGAUGAUGAAGACAGAGACAUCUAUGGCGAUGUUGAACCCAUUAACGAUGCAGAUGAAAACAUCUUCCGGAACGAUUUUUUUCGCUUUACCACCAGAAAACGAUACAUAUGGGAGGACUGGACGGUAACCACAGAUGAUCCAGGAGAUUUCGAGGAUUAUGAACCAAGCAAUCAUACUUCAUUUCAGAUACUGCUUGUUGUCGGCCUCAUAUUCGGGACAUUAGCAUUCACUAUUGCCUUUACGUACAUCAUAAAAAGGUUAAAGGAGAGUGACUGCUGUUCUGAUGAAUCUUAUUCCCAUCAGUCUGCAGAUAUAUUCACAACAGUGCAUCGACCACCUGGUAGACGAGCAAACCUGCCCGUGCAAGUGCACAGACCACCACGUGAUUUAUUUAAUGAACUGGACAGCAAUCUUGGUGCAGUUAAUUUUACAGGUACAACUAUCUCUUUUGUCAACUCCACUUAUGCAAGUUCUUCACAGGGAAGAACAGAGACCGCCAAUGCGGUGCCAGAGAGACCACCUGAUUAUGCUACCGUUGCACUGAACGAUUUCGUCAAUCCAACCCAGCCAGCUUUUCCGGCUGUCAAGAAAGACACUGAAACACCCCCUCCAGAAUAUGGCAAAGGAAAUUCAUUGUUUAAAUGAAAGAAGUACUUUGAAAAUAUUCAUUUUUAAUUUAUGUUUUCAACUGAUAUUCCAUGAGUGAAGUAUCAGUUGAAAGAUAUGUACUUGCGAAUAUAUUUGUUUUCAUAAAGUGAUGUAAACGCACUAAAAGUUAACUGUUAAAAUUUUUACUUCUUUUUUAAAAAUGAAAUCAUUGGAACAUAUACAACUCUCUCAAGCUUCAAUAAAACUGUUGAAGAAGAUUCCGCACUCCAUAUUGCCUGCUCCAUGCCAUGGUAUUUUAUUCUGGAUAAUGAGUUAGUUUGAUGGAGCGCCUAGUCCCGGCAGGGGCUUAUCCCCGAUAAUGGUUGCAGUUUGCUUGACAGUCAUUAUGUUGCCGUUGUCGUAUCCGAUGGGCGCUGAGUUUGAGCUGAGCCUUGGUAGAGUGGCUUAUAUAGCACUGACAGGAUGCAAGAGGAGGUGAGAUGGAGAAUGUCAGAAUUCGUAUCUGAUUGGCUAUACAGGGAUGUGGGGCGAGGGGGUAUGAUACCGUUGGACUUAGUUAAAAUUCUAGGUGAAUUAAUAAAUGGUAUUUCAUUCUGGAAAAAGAGCACAAAAUUAAUAUAAUGUACCUUGGAUCAGUUAGGGGUUCAAAAUUUGCUUGUUCUCGAUGAUACAGUUAGGCGAUAGUUUACAAUUCUAACACAGAUUAUGUCUGAAUUUGUAAACAGAUAGUUAAAUAGUGCCAUAAUAUAAAUAUUGCUUCAGAUAGUUAAAUUAUGUGCCAUAAUAUGGCAGCACAAAACAAGAUGGGACUUAAUGAUCCAAGGCGCAUUAUGUUCAAGGUAUUGUCUACUGAAGAAUUAUUAUU